CGACAGUGUGCAUAUUCUCACGAAUUGGCCGUGUAGCGUCCUACGAAAAGGGCUUUAGCUUCUCCCGGAAGAACAAAGAAUGGGCCUAUUCGGCUUUUCUCGUGUCAAUCAAAGCUAAUUGCGCAAGCCCCCCACACAGAAUAGUUGGACAAAAGCGGCCCAAAUCGAAGCAAAUCGGAUGGUUUGUGGCUUCCCUUUUACAUCUGGCCAUGGACAAAAGGGCCGGCGUCAGCUCUCUGUUUGUCCCGUCACUUGGGACGACUCGUCGAAUCCGGCCAAAUGCACCGUGUCAGUACUGCAGUAGAACAAGGCUGAAACAUCACGUAGCAGUAUAUGAACAUCGAAUUAAGUAGGAUUUGUGAUCUCCACACGACCGAUUAGAGUAGGAACGGUUGACCUGUCUCCUGCAAUUUCGCAUAAUACGGACAACUGAAACGAUCCAGAUGUGCAAUUGCAGUGCAGAAAGACGAGCAUAGUCAAAAAUGCAAAGCGAAAGAUGGUGAGAUGAACGACAAAAGUUGGGUGGAGAAACUGUGAGGGCCAUUCACAUUCCUGCUUCCUGUGAUGGCGAAACCAGCAGUAUUUUUUACCUUCCAGUUCUCCAUCCCCGCUGCGCUGCCUACGGCGGCAGUAUGGCGUAGCAUAGCUCCCCGUCGCCACGCCCACGCACCCGCACCCCAAAACCCAUAAAAGGCUCGAGACCGCGGCCAGCUACCGAGCCUUAAACACGCGUUCUCUCCUCCUGCCUCUCCGCCAUGGACUCCCUCCCGCCGCCCGCGCCACCGUACGCCGGGGACCCCCUCGCCGUCACCAUCCCCCCGCCGCCAUUGCCGUCGCCGCCUCCGCCGCCUUCCUCCUCGCUCAACCUCUCCCCGUCGCUCCUCAUCAUCGCGGCCCUCCUCGCCUUCGUCUUCUGCGCCUCCAUCUCCAUCCACUUCCUCCUCCGCUGCCUCUCCUCGCGGCAAACAUCCUCUCCGUCGCCGAGCGCUGUCUCCAGGGGACUCGGCGCCUCCUCCCGCUCCGACGCCGAGGCGGCCGCCCCUUCGGCGACACCCGCGGCGGGCCCGGCGGCAGCGGCAGCGGCAGGGGGCGAGGUGGUCGACGACGAGAAGGAGCGGCUGAUCGCGUCACUUCCGCUCUUCACGAUGGCGUCGGCGCUGGCGGCGCUGCCCAAGAGCUCCCCGGACUGCGCCGUCUGCCUGUCGCCGUUCGUGCCCGACGCCGAGCUGCGGCUGCUCCCGGCGUGCCGGCACGCGUUCCACGCCGCCUGCGUCGACGCGUGGCUCCGCAACACGCCGUCGUGCCCGCUCUGCCGCGCCGCCAUCUCGCUGCCGCACCCGCCUCUCCCCACCGCCUACACCGCCGCCGCGCAGCAGGAGCCGUUGGACGCGAGGAGCAGCAGCAACGCGUCCAGGAGCUUCCGCGUCGAGAUCGGCAGCGUGAGCAACCGACGCUCGUCCGCCGCGGGGGACGACCGCCGCACAUACUCCCUCGGCUCCUUCGACUACCGCGUGGACGAGGAGGUGGAGGCCGUGGUGGCGCGCAUCGCGCGCCCCGCGGCGGCGGCCAAGUCGGCGGUGGCCGGGCAGCGCGCCGCGCCGCAGGGCCCGGGCGAGGCGCUGGCGGAGGCGGCGGGGUCGCGCGGGUGGCUCCGGGAGUACGUGGACCGGCUGGCCUCCUCGGCGUCGUCCCUCUCCGGGCGGUGGAGCGCGCGGUGGAGCCAGAGCCACCACAGCCACCGGCAGGAGGACUCGUGGCGGUGGGACCCCGAGGCGGCGGCCAUGGCGGCGCCGCGGGCGGCGGACGAGGACGAGGCGGGCCUCAUGGGCCUGUACCGCUGGAUCGUAGGCGUAUAAUAGGAGGAUUAUAAUUAGCCCGUCUGUAAUUUCGGACCCUGAAGUUUUUUUUGUCGACUUCCAUAUUAUAUGAGGACUCUGCUGUACGUAAAAAUAGAAUUGGCCCCAGAAGCAGAACCAGAUGAUGAGCUUGGAUCGAA